AUGGUCAUGACCAGUCACCACGCACCCUCCACAGCCCGACUCAUCCUAUUGGUCCUGCUCACUGUCACUCCACGGCUGACCGCCACCCCUGUGGGGGGGGAGGGAAGGGAGGGGCAGGAGCAGGGGGAGGGGCACUCCAGGACUCACCUCAAAGAGGACAGCCUUAUCCUCAGCCCCCUCCAUAGCCCUCUAGAAAUCAGCCCCAGCCCCCUCCGCUACCCCCUGGACCAGACCCAGGACCGGGAAGAAGACCAGGGACAGAGCCAGGAACAGAGCUAUGGUGGCCCCACAGGCAUGGACCACGCCCAGGCUCUAGUCUCCAUACUACUGGAGGCCCUGGACCAAACCGGGAGAGCACAGACACAGGAGCGAGGAGAGGGGGACCCAGUCCCUUUGCAGGAUAGAAGGGGUGAGGAGACAAGGAGAGAGGUUGGGAGAGAGGAGGAGGAGGAGGAGAGGAGGGUGGGGGAGAGAAGGAGAGAGGUUGGGAGAGAGGAGGAGGAGAGGAGGGUGGGGAAGAGAAGGAUGGAACAGCUAGGACCAGCACUAAUGGCAGCAGCUCUGGGAGAGGAGUUAAGACAGAUAGAGGAAGAGGAGGAGAGGGAGGAGAGGAAGAGGUUAGAGGACAGAGGCUGGCUUCUAGAGGGAGAGGGGGACAGAGCUGGUGGAGGGAGUGAGGAGGGAGGACAGCAGAAGGAGGAGGAGGAGGAGGAGGAGGAGGAGGAGGAGGAGGACGAGAAAGGUGGAGAAGCAGGGAGAUGGGGAGGUGAGGAGGAGAAAAUAGCAGAGGGGAGUAGGAGAGGAGAGGAGGGGAGGCCUAGUGACCCAUCUCUUCAGCGGAAGGCUCGGGGCUACUUCCAGAACAUAGACCUUGGUCUCCAAGACAACGAGAUCCUUCCUCCUCUGAAGGGGUAUAAGGCCUACAACACCCAGCUGGCACAAGCUGGCAAGAAGCUGCACUGGCAGGAGGAGCGGGCACGCAACACCCCCCCACUGGGGGGCAACUUCAUGGACGACUUUGAGAAUGAAGCAGAAGAGGAGGCGGCUCUGUCGAUGGUGGAGGAGGAGGCUCGUGCACGUGCAGAGCAGCAGGAGGUGCAAAGGCAGCAGGAGGAGGCGGAGAGAGCCAGAGAGGAGGAGCAGAGACUCGCGGACAUCGCCUCUGACAUGUUGCUGCAGUACAUGGGGAGACAGAAACAGCAGGGGGCGCCGUACCUCGUGGCCAGACAGAAGGCCGGCGCCAACGCCGCUGAAGACAAGCGCUCCGAGGAGGUGGUAACCGACGGCGAUGACCUGGACCAGCAGAUGAUUGACAGGCUGAUCGAGAUCAGCAGCAAGCUGCACCUGCCGGCCGACGACGUGGUCCAGAUCAUCUCCAACGUAGAGGAGAAGAAGAAGAAGAAGAAGAGGAAGGAGCUGACGCCGCUUAGUAACCCUGUCGCCCCGCGUUACCGGCCCCUAGUUCCCCCUCCCCUAGCGACGGGCCCCAUGUACCACUACACAGCCUCCUCCAACCCCAAGAAGGACCCGUACUACCAGCCCUACAAGAACAAGUGGAACAAGGACAGAGCCAAAGCUAAGGCCUACAAGCAGGACUACUGGUUCAAACCCCACAAACAGAAGGACGUGUGGUUCAAACCCCAGAAAAAGUUCCUAGCCUUCCCCUCCUACCCCUACUACCAGAAACCCUACCGAGCCUACUACCCUGUGUACUUUCCCUACCCCAAACCGCAGUACUACGACAAUACUCCCAUGGGGGAGGAGCUACCCCACAGCCCGCCCCCGGACUACGAGCUCCGGCCAACCAGGCGCAGACACAGGGCAGGGGGCAGGGUAAGAGGGGGAGGUAGGCAUGGCUGGAGACAGCAGCCCCUCCCACAACAUCUCCCCUCCUCCCCCUACAUCUCCAACUACAUCCUGCCACACCCCCGGACAUAUCAGCCCCUGCCUAAACCCCUCUUCCCCCAGGGCAGGGGCUGGCGCCCCCCAUACUACAACCCACCAGGGCCUGGGGGCUUGGGCGUAGCCGGGGGAAGGGUGGGAGGGGACUAUGAAGACGACGAUGGGCUGGUUCCUCAGCUGGACAGUCAAGAGGAACUGGAGAACUUUAUAUCCAAAAUAUACAUGAAACGCAGAAUGUACUAG